UGUAUCAAAUGUUAAAGAUAUUAUAGUUAAAAUUUUCCAAAUAGCUGAUCCAGAUUUGAUAAAUUCAGGAUUGGAAUUUCUUUGUGAAACAUGUGAUAAUCAAUUUCCUAAACUGGAUAGCUUUGUUGAACACAUCCAAUCACAACAUAACAAUGACUGCAAAGACAUAACUAUAGAAACAUUCAUAAAAGAAAAUGUAUCUAUUGUAGAAAUGUUAGCGGAGGAUUUAACAACGGACAUUGAAUCGGAAAAGGAAGUAAAUGUAGUAAAACUAAAAAGAUUCCAUUGUCCCUUUUGUGAAAGCUCCUUUUCAUCCCCAACACGUCUCAUCUGCCAUUUGAACCAACAUGUUGAGGUUUCCAUAGAAGACGGAGUUAACUGCUGCGACAUUUUAUAUCACGACACCAAAACCUUCGUUAAACAUCUAGAAAAAGCACACGUGAAAAAUUCAUCAAAGAAAAAUGAAGCAAACACUUGUAGAAGUUGUGGCUUUACUGCUCAAGGUAAAGAUGAAUUAAAGGAUCACAUCACAAAGUUGCAUGUCAAAGAUGUCGAUGUGCAAAACAAACAUGAUGCUAAACAGCGCGACAAGUGGCAAAAGUACAUACCUGCGGUAUGUCCCGAAUGCAACAAGACAUUCUCAAACAAAUAUAACAUGCUCAUGCAUAUGAAAAGUCACAGAGGUGUCACAGAAAAAUACCCAUGCGAUAGAUGUAGUAAAACUUACAAGAGUAAAGCCAGUCUCAAGAGUCACCAGGAAAUCGCUCACAAGGGAAUCUUAAGUUUCGUUUGUUCGUAUUGCGGCGAAGCUUUCCCUUCGCGGAUCGCACGCGACGUCCAUAAGAGAAUCCACACCGGGGACAAGCCUUACACCUGCAAAUAUUGCGACCGAUCUUACCGCGCCAAAAAUACACUGGACCGCCAUUUAGAAAUACAUUUAAACGUUCGCAAAUAUGAAUGCUACAUAUGUUCAAAGAGAUUUCGAAAGAGCACGCAUCUCAAAUACCACUUAAGUACAUGGACACCCAGCAGCGCUAAUUACGACGGUACAUAUCGAUCGAGGAUUGCUUAUGAAAAUGAAAUUAUAAAUGAUUCCAAUAAAAAUAUUAAAUUGGAUACUUUAUCAACAUCAGGUGAAAGUGUCGAUGUUGGCGACGAAUCUGAAAAUGAUGAUCGUCCUCUUGCUGCGAUAGCAAGUGAAAAAUCGAACGAUUUGUAUAAAAAAUUCUAUAAUGCUUUAGUUAAUUUUAGAAAUCACUAUGCGACAGAACACGAGAGAAAUACGAGCGAUUACCUAGAGUUUACGGAUUCCACUGAUUCCGAAGUAAUAAUGGAUGACGACAGAGGUGAUAGACGUGAUGGAGAUCAAGAUAUAAAUAAUUUUGACGAUUUGACCGAAUGGAAUAUGCGUAAAGGAAAAAUGGAUGAAGAAACUAGACUAGAAUUAAACGAAGUGCAAAGAAAAAUCGACGGGAAGAUUUUCUUUGCAUGCAAAAUAUGCGACAAGAAUUUGAGCACCGCGCACACUUACAUAUUUCACAAACGAAUUCACACAGGGGAAAGACCGUGCGUGUGUCACGUCUGCGGCAAACAGUUCAGAACUCCCAACGGUCUGCAGCGGCAUCUGACGGAGACGCACCAGCGACUACGCCGGCACUCGUGCAGCUUCUGUCCCAAGAACUUCGCCAACACGCAGAACCUGAAGCAGCACCUGCGAAUCCACACCGGCGAGCGGCCUUUCGUAUGCUCGCAUUGCGGCAAGCGGUUCACGCAGAGCGGCUCGUUGCAUGUGCACCUCAAAACGCAUAGCGAACAGUAUCCGUUCCAGUGCGCCGAGUGCGGGGCCAAGUUCCGGCUCCGGUCCGGCCUCUCGAGGCACAGGUUGAAGCACACCGGCGAACGGCCACAUGUGUGCGUGCACUGCGGGAAGGCCUUCCGGCAGAAGCACGACCUCCACAGCCACGCGCUCGCCCACACCAAUCUCAAGCCGCACGUCUGCCUCGUAUGCGGCGCCGCCUUCAGGCAGCUGCGGGCACUCAAACACCACUACAAGAGAGUGCACCAAAGCGAACCUCCCAAACAACUUUUAAACGAUUCUGUGUUUGAUCACGUUGGACAGUAUCAAAUCAAUUUUCUUUUCAGUGUGAUGGAAAUUAAGAUCGAAGUAGAAGUGGACGCAAAUGAGCUCGAAAAUGACGUCUCCCACGACACACGGAAAGAAAUAAAUAAACCCAUUACGAUUACAAAUGACGAGGGAAAAAAGUACGCUCAUUGCCAUAUUUGUGACAAAAACAUUUCCUUUGGAUCGUGGAAACGGCACAUGCGAGCGCACAUCGGAGAGAAAAGAUACAGCUGCCACACUUGCGGGCUAGCGUUCAAUGACAGCGGGAACUUGGCUCGCCAUAGCAAAGCCAUACAUGCAAAACACCGACCUUUCUCAUGUCCCGUCUGCGACAAAACCUUCUCGAGGAACGCUCAUCUUCGGGACCAUAUGAAAUCCCACUCGGAGAGCAGAGACUUUGUCUGUGACAUUUGCGGCAAGGCGUCCAAGUCUAGCGCGGCGCUUCGGAUGCAUCGAAAAAUUCACCAAGAAGAAUGCAAAUACAGCUGCAUAAAAUGUGGUGCGAAGUUCAAACGAAGCGGGGAAUUAAGGGCGCAUGUCACCGUUCACACUGGAGAAAAAGCUCACUCGUGCUCCUGCGGUAAAUCUUUCCGUCUUCGCAGUCAACUCAACGCACAUUAUAAAACACACGGCGUAGAGUUAAAACAUCAGUAG